AUGUCGGACGAUACACAUUUCUUCGCCCUCCUGACGGGCUCCAACAGCGGCCUCGGCCUCUCAAUCGCCCACCGCAUCCUCGACGAAUUCCUGAGCACCCACCCACCCACCCACCACCUCACCCUAAUCCUCACCACCCGCUCCGCCUCCAAAGGCGCCGCCACCCUCACCACGCUCACCAAGCACCUCGUGCACAACCUGCCGCCCACCGCCACCUCCCGCAUCACCCUCACGCACUACCAAGUCGACCUGACCAACCUCCUCUCCAUCACCGCGCUCGCCGCCGCCCUCUCGCGCAGCUACACAAAGCUCGACUACGUCUUCCUCAACGCGGGAAUGGGCGCCUUCACCGGCAUCGACUGGCUCAACGCCGUCACAAGCAUCCUCACAAAGUGGGUCCACGCGGUAACAUACCCGGCCUUCAAGCUGCAGGCCACGGGCUGGACCACGAAGCAGCCCCUGCCCCUCGAGGGCGAGCUGGGCAGCGUCUUCUGCGCAAAUGUGUUUGGCCACUACUACCUCACCGCGGAGCUCAUGCCGCUGCUCGGCCGCGGGCGCGGCCGCAUCAUCUGGACCAGCUCGCUCGAGGCCUACCCGUGGACGUUCAGCACCGCCGACAUACAGGCGCUCAAGGCCACGCACUCGUACGAGAGCACGCGCCGGCUCACCGAUGUUCUGGCGCUGACGUCGGGGCUGCCGGCGACGGCGCCUAGCUAUUCGGGUGCGCGGGCGGCGGUGUGGCUGGCGCUGGCGGGGGAGGAGGAGCUGGCGGAGAAGAAGGCGGAGAAGGUCAAGUGGGGGAGCAGUGUUGUGACGGGUGGGGUGGAGAGUGUCAAGGCGACGGAGGUGGAGGGGGAGGGCGGCGUGGAGUGGGAGGAGUUGGGGAGGGAGUGUUGGAGGUUGAUGGAGGAGUUGAGGGAGGAGUGGAAGGGGAAGUUGAAGCAGGUGGGGAGGUAG